GUUGCAUGAACAAUCGAGCCGAAGUCAGUCAAUAUCUCGAUGACGGUAUCCGUCAAUGCACAAAAGCGAAAAACAAGUUCAUAUUAGCCCCGUACUUUGAAGACCUCCAUUGGAUGCUCCUUGUGAUAUGUGUUUCAAGCCACACAAUUUAUCAAUUUGAUUCUUGUCGUCGAGAUCCAUUACGAUCCGUGUUGGUCAAGUCACUAUUGAAUAAAGUGUUGAUGAAAAUGAAUGUCAAAAAAAGCGCACUUCCUCAAUGGAAAUCAGUUAAGUGCGCCCAACAAGAGGGUGGGGUCGAGUGUGGCUAUUACUUGAUGAAAUUCAUGCAUGACAUAUUCAAAACUUGCAAGGAAGUUCAAGAUCUGGAAAAGGUGCAGAAAACUGUAGCAGCAAAUAUGCCUUGUCACACUCGGAGGAAGCAUGCCGAAUGCUCGAGUAGUCGAACAGCCAUGGAAGAUGCUUCGGACAAUGAAGCUGCUGAGGUAGAGCCCUAUCUGUUGGGAUGA